CGUUCCUCUCUUCAUCACGUUCUCUUUCUCUAUAUAAAUAUAAACAUAUUUUGGUUAAAUUGUUUCUUCCUGUGCACGCCCCAAAUUUAGAUUUCGUUAGAAAAUAAUUGGAUAUAUAAUAAAAGAGAUUGUGGACGAUGGGUAGGGUUAAGCUGCAGAUAAAGAAGAUUGAGAACAACACAAAUAGACAGGUGACGUUCUCCAAGCGACGCAAUGGCCUCAUUAAGAAGGCUUACGAGCUCUCCGUUCUCUGUGAUAUCGAUAUCGCCCUCAUUAUGUUCUCCCCUUCCGGCCGUCUUAGCCAUUUCUCCGGUCGCCGGAGGAUUGAGGAUGUUUUUGAACGUUAUAUCAAUCUUCCAGACCAUGAUAGAGGAAGCGGGGCUAACGUGAGCAAAAUGUUUUUGAGAAGCACACUGAGCAAGCUCCGAUGUGAGAGUGACAUGGCAGCCCAACUAGCAAACUCGGGAGCAGCGGACACCAGAGCAGAGAAGCUGCAGCAAGAGAUUGCUGAAUGUCAACAACAGCUGCAAACGUAUACGGAACGUUUAAGAUUAUUUGAGGGUUUUCCUGCGGCAGCCCAUUCUUUCACGUCCUUGAGUGAGCUCGAAGCAAGCGAGAAAUUUUUAGCAGAUGCCUUGGCUCGUGUAACAGAGAAAAAGAUCUUGCUGGGCGAUCCGCUCCAAGCCUACAAUCCGUUAACGGCGAACGAACAGUUGUACCUGCAGCCUCAAGAAGAAGGAAUGCUUGACGUCUACGGCUACGACCUCCAACCGUCGGACCCCAAUACCUUUUCCAAUCAAGGCCAACCAAUGCAAAUGACCGCGGAUCCCCUCAUGUCUUUCAGGGAUCAAGGGAUGAACGAUCCGUUCGCGGUCCAAAUGGAGCAACACGUGCCAGCUACCACGUGGCAACAAGAGAUCUUCGCGCCACUCAGCCCAACCCCACCGUGGCCAUUACAACCGCUGCUGGAGCCGUUAGAGAUGGCAGAGCUGCCGUCAGAGGAGGGAGCGAUGGCGAACUGCUUCCAGACGGCUCCGUUAGAUUACCAUGGCACGUGUGGUGGCGGGGUUUAUGGGAGCCCAGCGGCAGAUAAUUUGGGGUGAUCUUGGCCGUUCGAUUGAAGGAGCUCCAACGUGUCAUAAUUUUUAUUAUGAGCUUAUGAGAGAGAAUAUUUACAUAUCUUAUAGCUAAACUUUCAUAUUUAUACAGAUAAUGCCGAAAUAUGAGAUGUGGUAUGUCUGUAAUUUUCCCUUCGGUUUUUUGCCCCUUUUUUUUUCAGUUUUUCGGCAUUUUAAUUGCUGAACUCGA